AACUACAACUCCCGAUAGACUACCGGGCACCGGGCUUGUUGUCUGGGCUCGGGGCGUUUGGGGAGGUUCCUCCUGCACCUUCCCCCCCCACAACGGCCGGGUGGGACGCGGAGCCAGGGGUAGGUGGGGGGUGGGUACGAGCCAUGGACGAGAAAGUGCUGCCCUCUUUGGGCAACACCAAGCCGCACCUGGAGAAACUGACCCUCGGGAUCACCCGUAUCUUGGAAGCAUCUCCAGGAGUGACAAAAGUGAGGAUCAUUGAAAAGGAGCCUGCUGAGCGCCAUAUGAUUGCUUCAUGGGAACUAAAAAAUGACUGUGUAAUGCCAGAGGAUUUGAAGAACUUUUACCUGAUGACAAAUGGUUUUCAUAUGGUGUGGAGUGUGAAACUUGAUGAUCAGCCUGUGCCUUUGGGCUGCCUGGUGAUUAACAGCAUCGCAAACUUGACUCAACUCACCCAGUCGGCUGUGUACACACUUCCCAAUUCACCAACUCUAGAGGAUCUAGAUGACGAGGAGGAUGAAGGUAAUGAAGAUCAGCCAGAGAAGCCCCACUUUGAUUCUCGUAGUAUAAUAUUUGAGCUGGAUUCCUGCAGUGGGAAUGGCAAAGUAUGCCUUGUCUACAAAAGGACUUCACCAGUGGCCAAAGAAAGCAAGAUCUGGUUCCUGGACAGAGCUUUAUAUUGGCACUUUCUGACAGACAGCUUCACAGCCUACUACCGCCUGCUGAUCACCCACUUGGGCCUUCCCCAGUGGCAAUACGCCUUUACCAGCUAUGGUAUUAGCCCACAGGCCAAGCAAUGGUUCAACAUGUAUAAACCCAUCACCUACAAUACCCAAGUGCUCACAGAAGAGACUGACUACUUUAUAAACAAGCUAGAUCCCAGCAAAGUGUUCAAGAAUAAGACCAAAACCUUGGCCCCCACCAAGAGAGGAGGGACACCGCAGCCUCCGGUCUCCCAGAAAGGAUCGUCAGGUUCCUCUUCCAACAAGUCCUCCUCUGCCUCUGGAAACCCUGUCAGGAAGUGAGCAGCCCCAGCCAGAUGGGCUCUUCCUUCUGCACUGGGAGAGCGCCAAGGCUCUUGCCUUUCUCUUUUCUACAGGGACCCAAAUCUUGAGAGCCUGGGUCCCUCCUGAGUACCCAGAACUGUGCAACCUAGAUAGUAGUGGUGUUACAUUGUUCUCCCGACCUUGCAAAGUGUCUGAUGAAACUCAGGGCACUGAUCAGAGAAGUCCCCCAUGUUCCUUUUCCUGCAGCACUCAUUAAAAUCCAUCCUAAAUCACGCUGAAGUGUUAAUAAUGUUCCAUCAUCCUCCACAAUAGCAGAGACCAUACUCAUUUGCAUUCUACCAUCUCUGCUUUUUUCCCUGCAUGGAAGUGGACCUAGCACAGAGGAAUAUCCAUUAAAUAACAUGUUACUUAACUGAAGUAUUGCUGGGUAAAAGCUUUGACAACUGCUGAAAAACCCCAGAUACUUUUCUUCUAGAAUUGCCAGAAUCAUUGGAAAGCCAAAAAAAAACCCUCUGCAUUUAAUGCCCUGAUUGUUUUUCAUUAUCAAUGGAGCCAAACCAAGAAAUGUAUUCUUCCCUAGUCUGGAGGUGUUUCUACCUCUAGUGUCUCAAAGGAUUUUCAUUUCUGCUAAAUAUGAAAUGUUUUCCUCCAGAAAAUUCUUUCAGAAUAAAAAUUAACCUUCCUGGCCAUUUUUAACUCCCUUUUUUUUGAUUGUUUGGAAGAACUCUCUGGAUUUUAACUUCUUUAUUGCACUGAGUUAAUAAUCCCUGAACCUGGAGCAGAUUUAUAUCAGGAUAAGGAAUGGCCAUCUGAGUUCAGAGAACAAUUCAUCAUAGGUGUUUUUGUGGCAGGAAGUGGGAUGCAUUCAUCUCCCAGA